GCGCCUGGCGUGUCGGUACCGGCAGCGUGAUCCCGCGUGGAACGUCUCUCCGUGGUUGUUGCCCUGGUGGAUUAAUUUGCCCGCUUUUGAAGGAUGUUCCUGGGCGCUUCGGAGCUGGUCUGGUCCCGCAGGCUGGUCCUGGUCUGGCUGCUGGUCCUGCAGGGUCUGAAACCCACCGCCGCGCUCAUCACAGGUACGGAGGCCAGCUGUGAGAACGAGGGCGAGGUCCUGCACAUCCCAAACAUCACGGACAACCCCUGCAUCACCUGUGUCUGCCUGGAGGGCAAGGCCGACUGCAAGCAGGAGAAAUGUCCGCCCGUGUCGGAGGAUUGCGCCCUGGUGGUCAAGCAAACCGGCGCGUGCUGCGAGCGCUGCAAAGGUUGCAUGUUGGACGGACGUGCCUGCAACAGCUCUGUGUCCUGGACCAGUGCCACCAAGCCCUGUACGACCCAUCGCUGCCAGGAAGGCGUGAUCACGGAAGCAGAGGUGCAGUGUGUGGUUCACUGCAAGAACCCCAAGAUUCAUCCCAAGAAGUGCUGCCCCACCUGUCCCACUUGCAUUUUCGAGGGUCGUCUGUACAAAGAGAAGGAGGAGUUCAGUCCAGAAGGCAAACCUUGCGUCAAGUGUACUUGCACGGGAGGACGGACUCUCUGCAUGAGGGAGGCGUGUCCUGUCCUUUCUUGCCCCGCCCACCUCAGCCACACCCCUCCAGGACAGUGCUGUCCCAAAUGUCUGGGUCAGAGGAAGGUGUUCGACCUAUCUCGGGGGAGUUGCCUCUUCCACAGCGAGGUCCUGGAGAACGCCGCCACCUUCCCGCACGACAACUGCACCUCGUGCACGUGCAAGAACUCCACCGUGGUCUGCAGGCGGCGCUGCUCGCGCUCCGCCAGUUGCCAUGGAGACCACUGCUGUGAGGAGUGCUUGUCCUACGUGAAGGUGGAGGAAGUGAAGUACUGCAGAGUCCGCAACAAAAUCUACAGGGAAGGAGACAUGUGGUCAUCAUUCAACUGCACGUUGUGUGCAUGUGUGAAAGGAAGUGUGGAGUGUCGGCCCAAACAGUGUGUACCAAUCAGCAGCUGCCCCUCGAACAAGAUCCUGAACCGGACCGGCUGCUGCCCCGUCUGCACUGAAAAGCCCGGCGUGUGUACGGUGUUUGGCGACCCGCACUACAACACCUUCGAUGGGAGAACCUUUAACUUCCAAGGGACGUGUCAGUACGUGUUGACUCAGGACUGCGGCGCCGCCUUGGCGGGCCCCGGAAGCAACGCCGUCGUCAACAACCCCGACUCCAGCUUCACGGUGUUGGUGAAAAACGACGCCCGGCGCACUCGCUCCUUCUCCUGGACUCAGUCGGUGGAGGUUAGGCUGGGCGCCCUGGUCCUGGGCCUGCAUCAGCACCUGACGGUCCGCAAGAACGGCACCCGCAUCGCCCUCCCCUACCAUGGGCCGGGGGUGCACAUCGACCUGGACGGGUACCUCCUCAAGCUCACCGCCAUCGCGGGUCUGGAGAUCACGUGGGACGGCGACAGCUUCGUGGAGGUGGUGGCCGCCCCGCACCUGCGCGGGCGCCUCUGCGGCCUGUGCGGCAACUACAACGGCCACAAGCGCGACGACACCGCCGGCGGCGACGGACACUUCAAGUUCGACGUGGACGAGUUCGCCGAGUCGUGGCGCGUGGACGCCAACGACCUGUGCGCCCAGCCCCCGCCGCACCGCCGGCCCGUCUCCUUCCUGUGCCCCGCCAGCGUCAAGGUCAAGUUCCGAGCUCACCGGGAAUGUCAGAAGAUUAAAUCGUGGGAGUUCCAGAAGUGUCACCGCGUGGUCGACUUUGGCCCCUUCUACAGGUCGUGUGUGACGGACAUGUGCGAGUGUCCGGUCCAUAAGAACUGUUACUGCGAGUCCUUCAUCGCCUACAGCCGGGCCUGCGCGCGAGAAGGUUCCCCGGUCCCCUGGAGUCCUGACGCCGCCUGUAUGGCCACGCAGUGCAAGCACGGCGCCGUGUACGACACCUGCGGGCCGGGCUGCACCAAAACCUGCGACAACUGGAACGAGAUCGGACCGUGCCACAAGCCCUGCGUGGCCGGCUGCCACUGUCCCGCCAACCUGGUGCUCUUCCAAGGGCGCUGCAUCAAGCCCAUCGCCUGCCCCGGCCGGUGACCCUCGUGACCCCGGGUGGGAGGGGGCGGGGCUCGUCCGCUUGCUUUGGGGGCCAAACUCCAAAGCGUCUAAGACUGCGGAUAUACGGUAAAGUACUCAGGGUCCAUUAUUUGGCGAGGAAGACCCGUCUUGUCUCCCACCCCCAAACACUCAGGUGAAGAAUGGAGCGUUGUGGUUCCACAGAAAACAUUUCACGGACCCUCAAGGGACUUUUGGACUCUUUGCGAGCCGACGUGGAACCGGGGGCAGCGCGGAACCGGCCUGGACGUCUUGGUUUCACACUGUAAGCUAGCCAGAUUCACUCGAGCUUUUCUAGAAGUAUUGUUGUAAUUAUGAUGCGUUGAUACUGUUAAUUUAUAUAGCCAACGUGGUAGCGCCGGCCGGAAGGUGGCUAGAAUAAAGAGGCGAUGGAAAGGGAAAGGGAAAGUAUUUAUUGUGUACUGUUUGAAGAGAAAUGCCCAAAUGUGAGUCUGUCCUGGAUGAAAAGUACUGUAGUCUUGUUGUUAGCAAGGUGAUCACUAAACCAAAUGACUUAUUUAAG